AUGAAAAAAUUAAUUUUUAUCCUGUUCUGCACAUCGGUAAAUCUCACAGAUGCCUUGAGAAACCAAGUGGAAACCAUCGACGCAAGAAUGAAUUUCCCCGAGCUAGCAAAAUUGCACGGCCAUCCAUGUGAGGCACAUGACGUUGUCACUCAAGAUGGGUACAUUUUGAAACUCUUUCACAUUCCUGGUAAGAGGGGACUACCAAUUCUUCUCAUGCACGGCAUUCUAGACUCUUCAGACACUUGGAUUAUUACAGGCAAGAAGUCUUUGGCUGUCGCCUUGGCUAACACCGGCCAUGACAUUUGGUUCGGCAAUUCGAGGGGAAAUCAGUACUCCCGACGUCACGUCUCAUUAAAUCCCGAUCUGGAUGACAUUUUCUGGGACUUCAGUUUCCACGAGCAUGGCCACUACGACCUUCCCGCAGUGAUCGACACUAUUUUGGUUAACACCGGUGCGGCCAAACUGAAUGCGAUUGGUCAUUCCCAAGGAAAUGGUAUUUUCUACGUACUAGGAGCAACUAGACCCGAAUAUAAUGACAAGGUUAAUUUAUUGAUAGCCCUAGCACCAGUAUCCUUCCUGCAUCACAUGGGACCUCCGUGGGGUCCGGUGAUCAAGCUAUUUCCUGAAAUGGGUCCCUAUUACAAAUCGCUUGGCAUGGUCGAGUUCCUAAAUCAAAAGUCGCUGUUUUAUAAAUUGCUGAAGUUAGUGUGCCAUCAACCGAUUGGUUAUGAGAUAUGUGUUCAAGGAGUAGUGUUUACGUUUUUCGGAAAAGAUAUUGAGGAGCUCCCGCCUGCUAUAUGGCCCACAAUAUUCCAAUACAUCCCACACGGCACCUCCAUAAAGAAUUUAAUUCAUUACGGACAAGUGAUACGGACGAAGACGUUUUCGCACUUUGAUUAUGGUGUAAGGGAGAACCUGGCCUUGUACAACUCAAGUUCACCGCCAGAGUAUGACCACAGUAGAGUGAGUAUGCGCGUGGUGUUGCUAGUUGGUCGAAACGACAUGGUCUGCACGCCGUUCGACGUCGCGAUCCUCAGACGGAAGCUGCCGAAUGUGAUGAGUUAUGCCGUAAUAAAUAAAACUGAAUACAGUCAUCUGGACUUCGUGUGGGCCGAACAUAACGAUAUCUAUCUAUUUCCUUUAAUAUUUGAAAUGCUCAAAAAAUAUGAUUUACAAUAA